GUUUUGCCGGUUAAACUUCCUGUUGUCAUUCACUGUAAUAUUUUUCUUUUUGCUUUAACUUACCGUUUAACGUUAACUGUUUCCGGAACAAUUCGGGUGCGGGUUUUAUGUGCCGGGUACAUAUUUCCAUUAGCUAAACACAGCCCGGGUAUCAAACUGAUUCAGAAACACACGGGUCAUUCAAGGCAACUUGUCAGCUAAUGCUAAUUGCUAAUGUUAGCUAGCUGUCGUUAGGGUGACGGCGGUGACACACGGGGGUCUACUAAGCUGAGUUUUAGCUUCACUCCAUUAGCUCUAACCGGUUUGCUUCACGUCGACACAUCAGGUACUCAGCUUCGUAGCUAACACCAUGGCCAGUCUGCUGUCAGUGCAAUGCGUCGCCUCUCUGAGGAAAUCCGGGAUUCAUUUAAGAGCUGCUGCUCUGGGGAUCGAUAAGAGAAACUACAGCAGCAAAUCUGGAAGCGAGUAUCUGCAUCAAAGUGUCGUCCCAUCGAUGCAUUACCAGAAGAGUUUACCCAGGCUCCCUGUACCAAAGUUGGAGGAUACUAUCAGAAGAUAUUUAGCUGCCCAGAAGCCUUUGUUAAAUGAUGACCAGUUCAGGACAACAGAGAAGCUUGCACAAGAAUUCCAGAGUGGUGCGGGAAAACAGCUGCAUGAGGAACUGGUAGUGCAGGACAAAAACAAUAAGCACACAAGUUACAUCUCAGCACCCUGGUUCGACAUGUAUCUUUCUGCUCGUGACCCCGUGGUGUUGAACUUCAACCCCUUUAUGUCCUUCAACCCUGACCCUAAGACGGAGUACAACGACCAGCUCGUGCGGGCAACCAACAUGGUGUGCUCAGCAGUGCGCUUUAUGAAAACACUGCGAGCCGGAAUACUGGAGCCAGAGGUUUUCCACCUCAACCCAGCGAAGAGUGACACAGACGGCUUCAAGAAGUUUAUCCGCUGGGUCCCGUCUUCUCUGUCCUGGUAUGGAGCUUACAUGGUGAAUGCAUACCCCCUAGACAUGUCUCAGUACUUUCGCCUCUUCAACUCAAGUCGGAUUCCCAAGAAAGGGAAAGAUGAGCUCGUCACUGAUGAGAAAGGGAGACAUCUCCUAGUUAUGAGGAAAGGCAACAUGUAUGUGUUUGACAUUGUGGACAGGGAUGGGAAUUUGGUGACACCUGCAGAGAUCCAGUCCCACCUGAAAUACAUUCUGUCUGACCCGACCCCGGCGCCUGCCUUUCCUCUGGGGGUUCUGACCAGUGAGAACAGGGACGUGUGGGCCGGGCUCAGGGAUAAACUGGUAGCUGCUGGAAACGCAGAGGAUUUACGGAUUGUGGACAGCGCCAUUUUCUGUCUCAGUCUGGAUGAUGAAAGCAUGAGGGACCAUAUCCACAUCUCUCACAACAUGCUGCACGGUGACGGCUGCAACCGGUGGUACGACAAGUCCUUCUCCAUCAUUCUGGCCAAAGAUGGACAGGCAGCCAUCAACUUUGAGCACGCCUGGGGCGACGGCGUAGCUGUUCUUCGGUUCCAGAAUGAGGUCUUCAAAGACACAACGCAGCAGCCACUGGUACACCCGGGCUCUGCUCCUGCUGCUGUGGAUUCAGCCUCCGCUGUGCGCAGGCUGCAGUUCAAGCUGGACAGCGAGCUGGAGAAUGGCAUCAAAAAAGCCAAGGAGAACUUUGACUCGGCUGUAUCGAAACUCACCAUCGAUGCCAUGGAGUUCAAGAGAGGUGGCAAGGAGCAGCUAAAGAAGAGCAAGUUGAGUCCAGACGCCAUCGCCCAGCUGUCUUUUCAGAUGGGUUUCCUGAGGCAGUACGGACAGACAGUAGCCUCUUAUGAGUCCUGUAGCACGGCGGCGUUCAAGCAUGGCCGCACAGAGACCAUCCGGCCAGCCACCGUACACACAGAGCGAUGCUCACGUGCUUUUGUUUGCCAGCCAGGCAAACACAGUGUGCAGGAGCUACAGGCCAUGCUCAGUGAAUGCUCCAAAUAUCACGGGCAGCUCACCAAAGAGGCAGCUAUGGGCCAAGGUUUUGACCGUCACCUGUUUGCCAUGCGAUACCUGGCCAAUUCAAAGGGCCAGGCUCUGCCCAGCCUGUACACAGACCCGGCUUACGCUGCCAUCAACCACAACAUCCUCUCCACCAGCACGCUCACCAGUCCAGCUGUGAACCUUGGUGGCUUUGCCCCGGUGGUGCCUGAUGGGUUUGGUGUCGGCUACGGUGUCCACGACGACUGGAUCGGCUGCAACGUGUCCAGCUACCCGGCUCGCAAUGUGCACGAAUUCCUGCAGUGCGUCCACAAGUCCCUAGAUGACAUUUUCACCGUCCUGGAAGGAAAGGCGCUCAGCUAAGAAACGAGUGCUUGUCAUCUGCAUAGAGGAAUACAUGUUUGAUUGUAUGGAACAGUGACCAGCUACCAAACUGCUGAUUAACUUCUCUUGACAACCAUGCUGAAAGUAAUAAUAAACAAUAAUACUAAGGUUCAUUUGUAUGGUGCUUUGAAAACCAGUGUUGCAAAGAAUAACCCAGCAGGCAUAAGGAAAAAAAGGAUUACUAAAAACCAUAAAUUAAACACCAAAAAUGUAAAAACAAUGAGUGAAUUUAAACUUAAAGUAGAGCUGUGCAAGAUUCAAGUACAACGUCGAUAAUGAAGUCGUGUAACUCAGUAGUUAAAGAUUAAAAAUAAACCGAAAAAUGAUGACGAAGGCUUGUGAUAAAGAUAAAUCUUCAAAAAAGUGAGAUAAACGAUAUAUUUAUAAACCACACAAGAAGAAACGAGGUGCUUAAAUCUAUUUUUUAGUAAUUAAGUACUGGAAAUGUAAGUUGGGACUUGAUGUUUUCUUUGAAGGAGUUUGGAUAUUACUGUAGAUAUAAAACCAGUUAUGCCUAGAGAUUAAAGUUUGUAGUGUCAGCCCUUGACUGGGAACUCAGAUCAUAUCUGUUGUACAGUGAAAGCACGAUUGAAAAUAGAAUAUGGGAGAAAAUGUUAGUUUCCUGCUGGCUGUCUAAGACAUCUGCCUCAUCAGUCUGUACCGUGGCCUGUUAAGCAUUAGCUUUUUUUUUUUUUUUUGUCUUCGAUUUGCAAACUGCAGGUGACAAAGGUUAGAGUGCUGAUCUUAUUUAUGCUCAUCAGAUGCGGAACUCUGCGAUACAGAUUAGAGAGUCAAAUUAUGUGCCUUAUCUGAAUGUGAAUUUAAGAGCACAACUGUCACUGUAAGAACUUGUAUUUAAUUUCUCAUGAUUGUUUUGUCAUUUACAGCCUUAUUGUUU